UGAGUUACUGCUCUGGCCUUCAUUCACUUACUUUUAAUGUAAAUGCAUUUUUUUGGUUUAUUGCAUUACAAUACCCCGGUAGCAUCCUUCCUCCCUCAGAGAGGUCGGUCAUUUAACCUCUUAGAGAGCUGCCUCGGCCAUUCUCCUGGGGUCCCUUCCCAGCCGGGCUGGAGGGGCCCGUGGGCUAGAGCUCGGGAUAUUCAGGCAGGCUCUGCCCACGGCUCCUCUGGACGGGCACACCAAUGGUCACUUAAGGAUUUGGGCCACUGAACCGAAUUGGAGAACUCCAGGAAAACGAAGGCUGAGAAGUGGCCCUUCCGGUUAAAGGUCUCGUCCUUCCUUCUUAGCUGGGCUCGAGCCCGGGGAAGCGCUGCUCCGGGCUGCGGAAUCAGCUCCCCACCUAGAAUUCCGUAGUGUGGGGCAGGGCGGGUCUUGGAGAAUCUGGCACUUCGGACUUGGGCCCCAACCCUCUCCCCCUUUCCCCAACACACACCCUUCCCAGAGGGGGACGUGGAGGUGACCAAGCAGAGCCCCGGGGGAUCUGGAGGCUGGGAGGGGAGAGGGAAAGGGGAGGAGGAGUCGGAGACCAGGUGCAGAGGCCAGGAGGAGUUGGGGCACCGGAGGAGAUUCUCAGAGCAGCUCCCUCCGAAGGAUUUUCACCCAGAGACCUUGCAGCCCUAGAUUUCAUUUUAGUUUACCCAGUUCCCCCUCCCCUUCUUCUUCAUUAUAUCCCGCUUAGGGAGGUGUUUCCUUCCCCUUUCCCUAAAGAAAACUUCAGGUGGAAUUCUCCCCACCUUCUCCGGAUGGGUCCUUGCACCUCGCAAACCCAAUGCCCUCGGGCGGUGCAGCUGGAGCUUUUCUGACGGGGCGGACUUUCUCUCCCCUCCCCUCGGUGUUCUCUCGGUCUCUGUCUCUGUUGGUCUCUCCAUCCCUCCCCCCUCUCCCUUCUCCCCUCCCCUUCCUCCCUGAGCCUCUCCCUCCUCUCGCUCUCCAUCAUUCUGCCCUAUCCUCUCGGCUCGCUCCUGCUCCUCACUGCUUCUCUGCUCUCUCCUCUGCUGCCCCGCCGCCCCGCGCCCCCAGCCCCGGCUCUAGGGCCAGACUCCCCGGGCCUCGCUGCGCCUUUAAGUUCCCCCCUCCUCCCCGUGGCCCCUCCCGCCCUCGCCCGCCGCCGGUGCCCGCUCCUCCUCCCCUCCCCCUCCCCCUGCAUCUCUGGGUGGCUCCAUCCUGCCGCUGCUUGCUCGCUCCUGCCGGCUCGGUGAUCGCCGGAUCUGUCAGUGGGUCAGGCUUAGCCUCUGCCAGCCGCCCGCCGCCCGCCGCCCGCCGCCCACCGUCCGCAACCGCCGGGCUCAGCUCGAGACUCCCUCCCUCCUGCUCCCUCCAGCCCCAGGCUCCCGGAGCAGCGGCAGUGGCAGCUGCAGCCCCAGCCAUGGCCGACAUCAAGACGGGCAUCUUCGCCAAGAACGUGCAGAAGAGGCUAAACCGGGCUCAGGAGAAGGUUCUUCAGAAACUCGGGAAAGCUGACGAAACGAAAGAUGAGCAGUUUGAGGAAUAUGUGCAGAACUUCAAGCGACAAGAGGCAGAGGGUACGAGACUUCAGAGAGAACUCCGGGGAUAUUUAGCUGCUAUCAAAGGCAUGCAAGAAGCCUCAAUGAAGCUGACCGAAUCCCUCCAUGAAGUCUACGAGCCCGACUGGUACGGACGCGAAGACGUGAAGAUGGUGGGUGAGAAAUGUGACGUGCUCUGGGAAGACUUCCACCAAAAGCUAGUGGAUGGGUCCUUACUCACGCUGGACACAUACCUGGGCCAGUUUCCUGACAUCAAAAUGCGCAUCGCCAAGAGGAGCAGAAAGCUGGUGGAUUAUGACAGUGCCCGGCACCACCUGGAAGCUCUGCAGAGCUCCAAAAGGCGAGAUGAGAGCCGUAUCACAAAGGCAGAAGAAGAGUUUCAGAAAGCCCAGAAAGUGUUUGAAGAGUUUAACAUCGAUCUACAAGAAGAGCUUCCUUCAUUGUGGUCUAGGCGAGUGGGAUUUUAUGUCAAUACUUUCAAGAACGUGUCUAGCCUCGAAGCCAAGUUCCACAAGGAAAUCGCCCUGCUCUGCCAUAAACUGUAUGAGGUGAUGACCAAGCUGGGAGAGCAGCAUGCAGACAAGGCCUUCACCAUCCAGGGAGCCCCCAGCGAUUCUGGUCCUCUCCGCAUCGCAAAGACGCCAUCGCCACCAGAGGAGCCUUCCCCCUUGCCCAGUCCAACAGCUAGCCCGAAUCACACCCUGGCACCUGCCUCUCCUGCCCCAGCCCGGCCAAAGUCGCCUUCCCAGUUGCGGAAAGGGCCCCCAGUCCCACCUCUACCCAAAGUCACACCCACCAAGGAACUGCAGCAGGAGAAUAUCAUCAGCCUCUUUGAGGACAACUUUGUCCCAGAAAUCAGCGUGACAACUCCUUCUCAGAAUGAAGUUCCGGAGCAAAAGAAAGAAGAGUCUUUGCUCGAUCUGGACUUUGACCCUUUCAAGCCGGAUGUGACCCCCGUGGGAUCGGCAGGAAUUGCCCCCUCACCCAUGUCUCAGACAUUGCCCUGGGACUUGUGGACGACAAGCAGCGAGCUGGUCCAGCCGCCUGACGCUUCAAAAAGCCUUUCCUUGUGUAACCUGAUCAUGGAGGAAACUCCAGAGCUCGGGUCAGCUGAAGACUUUCCUGACCCCCAAAGGGGCCCAGGCUCAUUCCUCUGGGGCCUGGACCUUAGUGCAGACAGUGUCAGCCAGGAGGCUACGGCCGGUGAUUCUGGAGAGGAAUCGCUACCUGAGCCUGGGGCAGACCAGAGCAUGGGAGGCCCCACGGAAGCGCCGCCUGCUCAUGUGAUGGAGAGUGACCGGCAGCCAGGGCCAGCCGUCCGAGAAGAGGCUGAGCCCGAAGCUAGAUUUGCCCCGGCUCUGAGUCCAGAGACAGAACGGCCUUCCGAGGCCUCCUGGCCUCCCGAGAUGCCUCCUGGGGAAAGUGGAGGCCUCCGAGAAGAAAGCCACGAAGAUGAGGAAAGCACGAAGGAGCAGCCAGAGAGACAAAAUAGAGAAGAGUCGAUGGGGGAAAGCUUGGAGUCCUGGGAAAAGGCAUCCAGUGGCACCUUCAAUGGAUUUACCCAGCCUCAGGACACGUCCCUCUUCGACAUGCCUGCCAGUCAGACAGGGAUGGAUAUCCAGGCUGAGUCGGAAGAAGUACCCCCCACAGAACCCAAAGCUGAGGAGCCCUUGGCUGGAGCUCCUGCUGAGGGUCAAGACAUCCAACCUAGUGAGGCAGCACAGGAGGCAGAGGUGGUGCCUGCACAGGAUACUGAUACAGCCCCUGCAGCUGCUGGAGCCCCAGUGGUGGCAGCUGAGGGAGCCUCAGAGGCUGUCACAGAAGGGGAGGCCCCUCCCUUGGCUGAAGGAGUGAGUGUUGUCGAGACCCAAGCUGUUCCAGAGACUAGGGAGGCCACAGAGAGUGACAGAGCUGGGACAGAAGAAAUGGAAGCAGUCGGGAUCCAGGAGAAAGUCAUCCCUUCAGUAGUCAUUGAGCCAGCUUCGAACCAUGAAGGGGAGGAUGAGCAGGAACCUGAGCUGGGAAUGGCUGGGGAGGUCAAGGAGACAAGUGAAGCCAUGUCUGCUCAAGGCGACUCCAGUGAGACCUCAGUGCUGGUCAGUGACCAGAAGACACUGGAGGAUGCUCAGACUGUGGCUCCCACUGGGGCCACACCCCUCCCACCCAGCAGUGAAGCUGCACAAGUACCUCCAGGCUUUCUCUACAAGGUGGAAGCUCUCCAUGAUUUUGAGGCAGCUAAUUCUGAUGAGCUUAACCUGAAACGGGGUGAUGUGGUCCUGGUGAUCCCAGCAGAGGCAGAGGCUGAACAGGAUGCGGGCUGGCUCAUAGGCGUCAAGGAAUCAGACUGGCUUCAGUACAGAGACCUGGACACCUACAAGGGCCUCUUCCCAGAGAACUUCACCCACCGCCUGGAUUAGUCACCCUUCCCUCCACCCCACCCCCCAUGGGGCGAGGUGAAGCUGCUCCACCAAGAGCUUGGCCAGUGGCUUUCCAAACCAACGGGACAAUGAGGAACCCGCUUUGGUAGCUCCGCUGUUAACGCUUUACUGGCUGGUGUCCGUCAAAGCUGGAGGAGAUGUAUUCAAGGAGCAUGUGUUGAAAAAGUGAAAUUAAGUAAAAUUAUAAAAGUAAAGUGAACUCCUCCAAAGCAGCAAGGGAGGGCGUCCUCCUUUGUCCUUCUGUUUGUGACAACAGGUUUGUUUGUGCUUUCUCUGAGCUAUGGUGAAUCCUAUACUUGAUCCUGCCCCCAUAAAGUCUAAAUUAGCUUCCUCAAGACCAGAACCUUAAUUUCUCUGCACUAAGUGUAUUGUAUUGAGCUGCUGUGCUGCAGAAGGUCUGAUGAAUAAUCCUAUAGUAAGGCGGUAAUAGUCCUCCUCCUCCUUCUCUUCCUUCUUUUUUUCCUUCUUCUCCUCCUUCUCUUCCCUCUCCUCCUCCUCCUCCUCUUCCCUCUCCUCCUUUUCCUUAUCCCCUUCCUUCUCCUUGCUCUCACAAUUUCUCUUCUUCUCUCUCUGUCUCCAUUCUCUCUACCCAUUCUCUAUGUUUCUCUCUUUCUGUCUCUCCCCCUCUAUCUCUCCCUCCUGUCUUCCUCUCUUCUCUCUGUUUCUCUUCCCCUGCCCUUGUCUUUCUACCUCUCUUUCUUUCUCUUUUUCUGUCUCUUGCUCUCUCCCUGUCUAUCUUUCACUCUGGGUUUUCUGAGUUUAAACCUUAACUGCUGCAAAUGAUUUCUAUGUUCUUUUCUGCCAUAUCUCUAUAUCUCAUAUAUCUACAAACACACUGAGCCCCCCCCCCAAUACAGCCUGAGAUUCCUAGCCCUCUGUGCACACAUCCAGCUGCACAGACUCCCCUGGAUCCUUUGCUCUGCCUCCCCUGUGGUUCUUUGCCUCUGUGUGUCAUGGGGACGUGUAUUGCUCUUAUCCCGUCUGGCAUUACAGUACAUGGUUUUGUUUCUGAGCAAAACCAGCUGCUCCGUUGCCAAAGCAUUAGACAGUGUCUGUGUGUGAAACGUGCACUUUUCACGGCGAGAUGAUGAACCGUGAUUUUGAAGCUGCAAAAGGACCUGGCGUCAGUGACUCCUGUUGCUGGGGAUGAGCGAGUCUUGGUUAAGGACCUAAGAUGUUCCCUAUCAUUCAUGUGACAUUAAAGAGUAUAUUUUGUAGGAGAUUGACUGAAAGCUGGGGGAAAGAACGGAGCCCCAAAGACACCUCUCCGAAAAUGAAAUCUCCCAUUUCCUUUCAUUCCUGAUAUCCAUGCAGCUCGCCUUCACAGAUCCUUUUAAAAAAUCAAUGAUGUAUCGUGUAUCAGAAGUCAUCUGUAUGAUUAUGUUCUUCAGUGUUGUGGCAUUCCAAAUAAACCUUUGAUCCUCUAAA